AUGCCUUCCGGCCGAAGGUCUGGACGCUUCAAAGGCCCCAGGGCCGUUUAUGUUGAUGAUCCAUUCAAGGUAGCUGGGAUCAGUGAUGAUGAGGACUCCACCAAGCAGGGAAGUCUUGCCAAGGGGAAAAAGAAGCGCGCCCAAACAGAAGAUUCAGCUUCAGAUAAUGAAUUUGUCGCUGGCUCAGGCGAAGAAGCCGAAGAGGGAAUUGAUGAAGAAGAUGACCCCGAAGAUGAUCCAGAAGUGGAACCAGAAGAUGAACUAGGAUCAGAAGCUGAUGCCUCUGAUCCCGAGGAAAUGGAGAUUGACGGCAUCAAGAAUACUCCUAGGAAAGAUCGUCCAGGGCGUUCAAUGUCGUACCAAUACGAUCUGAACUUCAAGAAGCGAAGAGCCGAUGGCACAGUUGUGCCAUCAGAUGAAGAGACACACAUUCGUGGCAUCAUCGAGCCCAGAGAUCACUUGUCCAAAGGCGUCUAUUACAAUCUCACCUUCGGUUCCGACGAUCGAGACCUGAUGCCAGCCGUCCACUUCCGAAUGCGAUGGAACAAGGGUGUGGAUGCGGUCUUUCCAUCUCGUUACACCUUGGAGGAUACGGAGAAGAAGCCCGAAUAUCUGUACGGGCCCACAUUUGGGGUCCAUCCAGAUGAUGUUAUGAAAGAAAGCAACCGCGGAUGGGACUGGUACUACGAACAGGACACUGGUGAGAGGUUCCGGAAAAGACAGCGCAUUGAGACGAUGGAAGAGUCACUGGCGUACCAAAAUUAUCUCCCUCAACCAGAUUCACGAAAGCAUGGCAUUUUACUGGGUCCGCAUGAUAAUCAACAAAUCUUCGAGCUGGGCUAUCAUGAGUCUUUUGACUUUGGAAAAGCCUGGGAGAUCCCAAGAUCCAAAGCGGACCAGUCAAAAAACGGGACCAAAAGGGUCCGGGAAGGUUGGAUGUUAAAUAUCGGGCAAAAGGCACAUUGCAUGGCCUGGGCUCCAAACCAGAAUGGUCUGAGCCAGUAUCUUGCUGUGGCCGCGCCGAUUACAGAAGACCAGAAAAACCUGUACAGAUCAGAAGAAAGUGAGCCCAUCUCAUCGUUUCAACCCUCGGAGCCUUUCCCUAGCGCUCUGCAGAUUUGGGAGUUCAAAGGCAGACCGAGUGAGACGCCUACAAUGACCCUCGAUAUGGACUCCAAACCCCGGCUUCGACAAGUCUUGUGUGCUGACUGGGGGGAUCUGAGACGCAUGGUAUGGUGUACUUUACCCCAGACCGAACGAGCGGAGGACGAAGAAGAAAGAAAAGUAUCCAUUGGUCUACUCGCAACAGUCUGGGGCGAUGGAAAGGUCAGAGUUCUGGAUAUCAAAACAGGUAGAGGGUCACAAGAAACAGAAUUUCUCAAAAUCGAAUCACCCGCAUUUGAGGCAAGACCGCCAUCAACAGUCUGCACAUGUGUCACAUGGCUAUCCCCUAGUGAUCUUGCAGUGGGCUGCGGUAAUGGCUUUGUGGCUAUCUGGAAUAUCGAGCCUUCUGCAUCUGAACCACUACCUUAUUUCUAUCACCCAAUCCACGCCACCUAUAUACUGAAUAUCACAUCGGCAUACCCGGUCCAUCCCCAACUAAUCAUCACUGUUUCUAUGGAUGGUGAAACAAGGAUGUGGUCGGCCCUCGAUCCGACCAGGGAAAUGACCUCGACGGGCCGCAUGCGAGGCGCCUCUCCCCACAUCAGCUAUUCCCCCAUCUGCCAGUCCGUAGUUGGCGGGGAUGAAAACGAAUUCGCUCGCAUCAUUCCAAUUCGACGGUUUUUCACCACCACCACCAUUGCCCGGCUCAGCAGCACCGUCUCGGCCAUGGCGCAAUGCAGUAAUUAUCACCCCUGUGCCCUGUUCGGCAGUGCCGCAGGUGAGGUCGUAGGAACGAAUCCCUUCCGACGAGUUGUUUACAACAAGGAGCAGAUAUGGCAGCAGAUAUGGUUCACACACGAAUGGAUCCCCACCUCCAAGACGGACACUAUGGGCACCAGUCGAUUUUAUGACGGAUACCGGGCAGAGAACCAGAAGCUGGCAACAUACAAACUGUAUGAGACCAACCCUGUCAGUGGGAUGGGGACCUCGACGAUUUACGAAGAAAAUACCCACGUCACAGCCCUCGGGUGGAACCCCAAUCGGUCCUGUGCAGCCUGGGCCAGCGCUGCGCUGGGGUGUGGAUUGGUGAGGGUGGAAGAUCUUGCCGUAUAG